AUGUCGUCGGGUACUGUUAACUUCCCCGCCAUUCUUGUAACUGUCACCUGUAAUCCGCGCAGGUGUGUCCGCACCCCCCUGAGUGGACGAGAAAGAAAGGAUUUAUCGGAGCAACCCCCCAGGUUCCGGACCCAGGAGUCAACUUUCCCGUAUGAGCAUUCGAUAGGUCGUCUGAGGGUUCGCCGCGGUUCAUUGCUGUGCUUACACACCAGGCUACCCUUUUCCGAAAGCUCCGCGGGACCACCUACCACUAGUCUUCGGCCGGAGGGGUUUAUUGCACAAAAACGCGGGACGCAGGGGCUGCUCCCGAAGAGGGAAGCCCAACGAAUGUCAGAUGCAAAGCCCCGCACCUCAUUAAGAUCAUAUUGGCAUACUCUCCCAAAAAAGAAAGAGCAGACCCCAUUGAAGACGAGAGUGAGGUACAACAAGGCCAUUUCUGCCCACCGCCCUUCUCACGGAGCCGUACGUGGACGUUACCGCUCAUACAGCUCCCAGCCAGCAAGAGUUAGCCUUCCUCUACAAGGAAUGGAAGUGUGGAUGAAUCGAAUCAAAUAGAGGAAUUCGGUUUUUCUUUUCAGCAAUAACACGGUGGAUCAGGACGAGAAUGAAUCCGGGAAUCCAGGACAUACUCAUCCUGGAGCUUAUGCUCUCCUCUGGAGAGGGGGUUUUUUAUAGAGAGAGAGGUGAGUCGAGGGUAGCCUCCCGCUUGACCUAUUUUUCGGAGUCGGAGGAAGAUCUCUCAUCUGAUGACCCUGAACAAGAAGGAGCUGCUCUCGAUGUGAGAUCAGCAGCAAAAGAAAGAAGAGGAAUUGGAUGCCCCAGAGCAGCAGCC